AUGGUUCCCAUACCAACAAAGUUUACUCAUUUCCUAUCAAGAGAAAAUUUGAUAUUUAAAUUAUUUGUCAUAAUUUUUUUAAAAAGAUUGACUUGGUUGUUGGUGAAGAAGGGUUUUUUAUCCCUUGAUGUAAUAAAUAAUAAUACUUAUCACAAUAUAAGGGAAACAAAUUUCUACAGAACUAUUACUAAAAAAAAGAAAAUCUGCAAUAAAAUAAUCUUAGAGAAAAUCUGUAAAUCAGUUUCAGAGAGCACAACAAAAAAUAAAUAG